AGACACCUGACAACACGCUGUUAAGCAGAAGCGCAGAAAGAGCAUAGCCUACUAUUACGAUUUAUACUUAUAAGAUUUAUAUUUAUUUCCAAGCAAAAUGUACUGUCCAUUCUGUGGUUCCAGCGUGACAUCUUCGCAUGGCUUUUGUGGUGUCUGUGGCAGAGACAUCACAUUUCUAAAAGAUGUGGCUAACAAAGUCCCUGAGGAGAUGCCCACCACUAGUGCGCAUCUAAGUGCACAGCCUAGCACCAGUGCAGCAGGAAGCUCAGCUGUAGAGUCCUUUCAGAAAUAUAGGGAAAUAAAAAAGAGGGAGAGACCUUUUUUACAAAGGGACGGCAUAACUCCAAAAAUAAACAGAAAUUGGUGAAGAUUUCUGUUGGAGUAAUGAGGAGGAUGGAUGGCUGCCUUAAACCUGUGAGAGGGAGGUCACUUCCCCUUAAUGUUGAACCUCAAUGGGCAUGUGAAGAACUGUUGGCUGCUGCCAUAAAAAAGCAGAAAGCCUUUAACCAGGACUUGGAAGAUGGUGCCCAUGUCUUGUUGUACCCUGAUGCGAGGGUGAUAACAAAUAUCCCCGGAACGGACACCCCUUUCACAGUACAGAUGUACAAAGAGGCCAUUGGAAAGCCCUACCAACGAAUUACGUUGUACAUCUGUACUCUUGAAGCCGUUGAAAACAGUUGUUACACUGGAACAACCUCUUCAAGUGACGAGGACAGUGUGGUUGUUGCAAAGUUGCCAUCUGGAGACAGUCUUGCUGACACCGUGGUCAGUUUGGAUCUAUCGUGGCAUUUAUUCUUAAUUAAAGUGAAUUUAUUUUAUUUCAGUCAGUCAUUUGUGUGUUGUAUGCAGGUGUGGGACUUUCCAAAUGAACAGAUCACUCCCAGAAUGGACAACAGUUUGCCAGGACCUCUCAGGCACCCACAACCAGCGUCUGAUCAGGAUGGAGAACCAACCCCAUUCCAGGAAGAGGUCCAGUCUGCCCCGGGUCAGAACACCUUCUAUAGCAACUACACAAAUGUGUAUGCACUUAUCAUUAUUGACAGCCAGUCUGAGCCAGAAGAGGAAACGGAGCAAACUGCAGAGGACAUUUAUUAAUUGUUACUUUUAUCA